CCCGCCCUCUCCGGCUCCUCAGGUGCUGCGCUUGGGCUCGCCCUGGAGCUUGCAGACAACAGAACCGUGCCUCUGAUCACACACCCAAGGAGUAGCCAUGCAUCCCUACUUGUUGAAGGAUAUUCCAGACACUGCAGACUGCCAAUUUCCCAUCCCAAUGAGACACUGAUGAUGGGAUACUGCUGGUAUUUUUGCCUUGGAGAGGAACUCUGAAUGGAUUUGCCAUGGUGACAUGAAAAAAGACCAGGAUGGAUAAUGGACUGCCAGAGGGGCAAUCCAAUGUAUAAGCAGCCUCUCAGUGAAAUUAUCCUUAGCCUUUCCUGUGUCAACACCUAGAGGGAGGGGGCAGGGUGGGCGGGGGGGAAGGAAUCUGAACUCUCUUUUCAAAGCAAGGAUGACUUUGUUGGUAAGACUCCGAAGGAGUUUCCGCCAGGUGUCUCCUCAGCUGGUGCUGUUCCUGCUGUUUGCCUUCUGCCUGCUCAGUGUUUUUAUCUCUGCAUAUUAUUUAUAUGGAUGGAAGAGGGGACUGGAACCCUCGGGGGACAUCCCCAGCCCAGACUGUGAUGAACUGAAGGUUGCCCCCUCACGCUUGCUUCCAUUAAAGCCCAUCAAAGUGGUAGAUUCUUCUCGUACAGACCCUUUGGUUCUAGUGUUUGUGGAAAGCCUUUACUCUCAGCUAGGCCAGGAGAUUGUGGCCAUCUUGGAAUCCAGCCGUUUUAAAUACCUGACAGAGAUCGCUCCAGGGAAGGGGGAUAUGCCCACAUUGACAGACAAGGACCGAGGACGCUUUGCACUGAUCAUCUAUGAGAACAUCUUGAAGUAUGUGAACCUGGAUGCUUGGAACCGUGAGCUCUUGGACAAAUACUGCGUAGAGUAUGGUGUUGGAAUCAUUGGCUUUUUCAAGGCCAAUGAGAACAGCUUACUGAGUGCUCAGCUGAAAGGCUUCCCCCUCUUUCUUCACUCCAACCUUGCGCUUAAGGACUGCAGCAUCAAUCCCAAAUCUCCGCUGCUGUACAUUACACGGCCCAGUGAGGUAGAGAAGGGCCUGCUUCCAGGGGAGGACUGGACAGUCUUCCAGUCGAAUCAUUCCACCUAUGAACCUGUCCUCCUAGCCAAGACCAAGUCAGCAGAAUCCAUCCCACACAUGAGCAUCGAUGCUGCACUCCAUACCACUGUGGUACAAGACCUGGGCCUUCAUGACGGCAUCCAGAGAGUCCUCUUUGGUAACAACCUCAACUUCUGGCUGCACAAACUGGUCUUCGUGGACGCGGUUUCUUUCCUCACUGGCAAGAGGCUUUCCCUCCCACUCGAUCGCUACAUCUUGGUAGACAUUGAUGAUAUUUUUGUUGGCAAGGAAGGCACUCGCAUGAAAGUGGAUGAUGUCAAGGCUUUAUUUGACACCCAGAAUGAACUGCGCACCCACAUCCCAAAUUUCACCUUCAAUCUGGGUUACUCAGGGAAAUUCUUCCAUACAGGUACAGAUGCAGAAGACGAGGGAGACGACCUGCUGCUCUCAUAUGUGAAGGAGUUCUGGUGGUUCCCCCACAUGUGGAGCCACAUGCAGCCUCACCUUUUCCAUAACCAGUCUGUGCUGGCUGAGCAAAUGACCAUGAACAAGAAAUUUGCUGUUGAGCAUGGCAUCCCCACUGACAUGGGAUAUGCUGUAGCACCCCAUCAUUCAGGAGUGUACCCAGUCCAUAUGCAACUAUAUGAAGCAUGGAAGCAAGUGUGGGGGAUCAGAGUUACAAGCACUGAAGAGUAUCCUCAUCUCAAGCCAGCCCGCUACCGACGUGGCUUCAUCCACAAUGGAAUCAUGGUUCUCCCACGGCAGACAUGUGGUUUGUUCACACACACCAUAUUCUAUAAUGAAUAUCCUGGUGGCUCCAGUGAAUUGGAUAAGAUCAUCAAUGGAGGCGAGCUUUUCCUGACUGUGCUACUUAACCCCAUCAGUAUCUUCAUGACUCAUCUUUCCAAUUAUGGCAAUGACCGCCUGGGUUUGUAUACCUUUAGACACCUGGUCCGUUUCCUCAACUCCUGGACUAACUUGAAAUUGCAGACACUGCCACCUGUGCAACUGGCACAGAAGUAUUUUCAGAUAUUCUCAGAGGAGAAAGACCCUCUAUGGCAGGAUCCUUGUGAGGACAAACGCCACAAGGACAUAUGGUCCAAAGAGAAGACCUGUGAUCGGUUCCCCAAGCUGCUAAUCAUUGGUCCUCAGAAGACAGGUACCACAGCCCUCUAUCUGUUCCUGGGGAUGCAUCCUGACCUGAGCAGUAACUAUCCCAGCUCAGAGACCUUUGAGGAGAUCCAGUUCUUCAAUGGACAUAACUACCACAAAGGCAUUGACUGGUAUAUGGAGUUCUUUCCCAUCCCUUCCAACACCACUUCAGAUUUCUAUUUUGAGAAGAGUGCCAAUUACUUUGACUCAGAAGUGGCGCCGAGGCGGGCUGCCGCACUGCUUUCCAAGGCUAAAAUCAUCACUAUUCUCAUCAAUCCGGCAGAUCGGGCCUACUCCUGGUACCAGCACCAGCGAGCACAUGAUGACUCAAUUGCCCUGAAGUACACCUUCCAUGAGGUGAUCACAGCUGGGACUGAGGCCUCACAGAAGCUCCGUACCUUACAGAACCGCUGCCUAGUACCAGGCUGGUAUGCAACCCACAUUGAACGCUGGUUGAAUAAUUUCCAUGCCAACCAGAUUCUUGUUCUGGAUGGCAAGCUGCUACGCACAGAACCAGCCAAGGUGAUGGAAACAGUCCAGAAAUUUCUUGGGGUAACAAACAUCAUAGACUACCACAAAACUCUGGCGUUUGAUCCCAAGAAAGGAUUCUGGUGUCAACUACUGGAAGGUGGGAAAACCAAGUGCUUGGGGAAAAGUAAAGGAAGGAAAUAUCCAGAGAUGGAUUUAGAUUCCAGAGCUUUCCUGAGGGACUAUUACCGGGACCACAACAUAGAGCUAUCCAAGCUACUGUACAAGAUGGGCCAGACUCUACCAACUUGGCUGCGGGAGGAACUUCAGAACACUAGAUAGCCACUUCAUAUUUCCUGUAUUGAGCAAUAGUAGAAUGAAUCCAUAGGGAGGAUCUCAAACCUGAAUGUUGAGCUGAAAUGACAUGGUAGGGUGUGAGAUACACAACCCGAGAAGAAGAAGAAGCAUUUUGAGCAAUAUCCAUUCAAGGUCUUCAGGGGAAAUGGGGGAAAGCCCAUACAGCUGAAAUUGUGGCUUGGAAGAAGUUGACUAGGCAUGCCCCUGAGUCAGUCAGCAUUCUGCAGAUCCCUUCCAGUUUCCCCAGGAGCUAUGCUUUUACGACUGGUGCCUCCUAGUCUGUAUUGCCAUUUCCUGGUGAAGAGGAUUCACAGAGGAUCUGCUUUCUCCUCUGCAUUUCAGUUCCCUCUUCUGAAAUAGUAUUACAGCAAGUGACUCUUCAUCAGGUGAUGGAAAAAGAGGGGACAGAGAACCCCUAGGGACCAGUUUGGGAUUAACUGCUGGGCCAUGUGAGUUUAGGAGGAGACCGACAAUUGGUUGUAUGAAGUCGGAGCCAGAUGAGGACCCUGCUGCAAGCGUGGACCCAGUUAUGCAAUUUGGGCUCAAACCCAGACUGGACUGAGGCAGUAUAACUGAGUAGAAUUCUUAGCUGAAAGAGGUGUCUUUUGUUUUAUACAAGGUGAUAUUGAAAGACACUGGUGCUGGCAAUAUUUAGGUUAUCCCAGAUGGAUAAUUCUUUUCCAUCUUUUUAUUUUGGGGUUGGGUGGGGGUGAAGAUAAGGAAUAAUGAUGGGAGGGGCACCUACACGCUCACCUCACGAAUUAUUUGGCAAGAAGAUUGUCAAUAUGUCCCACCAACCAUCCCUGUCUGCAGUCACAGGUUUUUUUAAAAAUGUGAGUGGUAUUUUCUGUGGUAAAAGACUGAGGCCAUCCAGUAUCGUUGCUGCCUUUCAGCACGUGGCCUGCCAGCUCAAAAAAAAUAAAUGAACAGGGCAACAUUGGGGGGUGGGGGAUGUGUACGCAUUGAGCUUAUGGCUGCCAGAAAGAUUAAGAACACUGAACCUUUUGAGAACGAAAAGAUACAGUAUUUUAAUAA